GCUACUUCCGCAUUACCGGUAAAGCACUAUUCUCAAGGAAACGAAAGCGUUCUAUCUGAUUGAUUUGAAUAGUCUUGUUUUCCUCCUUGUCUGUCGCUAAUCAAAUAUGUCUAAGCCAAAAUUAAUAGUCUUCGACCUAGAUUACACCCUGUGGCCGUUCUGGGUCGACACCCAUGUUGAUCCACCUUUUCACAUUGAUGACAGCGGCAUGGUGCGGGAUUCAAGAUUUGCCAAGGUUCCCAUUUAUCAUGAUACUGAAAAGAUUUUGAGCUCACUGCAUAGUCAGGGGUUCAAGAUAGGCAUUGCAUCACGAACCAGUGAGACGGAGGGAGCCAAUCAGCUGCUGUCACUCUAUAAACUUGACCAAUACAUUUCCUUCAAGGAGAUCUAUCCCGGUUCAAAGGUCACUCACUUUAAAAGGCUGAAAGCUGACAGUCGCGUCCAGUUUUCUGACAUGAUGUUCUUUGAUGACGAGGAUAGGAACAUCUUGGAGGUUGGCAGACUGGGUGUUCACUGUGUGAUGGUUCGUAAUGCCAUCACCUGGGAUCUAGUCAAGAAAUCACUUGAGGAGUUCAGCAAGAAGCAGUGAAGGCGUCUGGUCCUGUGGAGAUGCAGCUGCUGCAAAUGAAGAAGAACCCAUUUGCUGUGCAAAAAAAACUGAGAUGUACUGUAUAGAAGACUAGGAGGGUUAUGUUUAGUGAUUAUUUCUGUCUAAUCAACCGUUUUUAACUUAACUGACAAAAGCAAUUGGUGAAUACUUAUAAUUCUGAUUUAACAUUUAAAUAGUCUAUUAUUUAGCUCCAUUUUAAAACAUUAAAUGAAGCUUUUUUUUUUCUUUUGGUAAUUUGAGAUGCAAUUUAUUUAUAUUUUAUUUUUCAAUGUGUGAAAUUAUAAUUUGUUCCUUUAUUUAAGUGAUACACCUAAUCUUCCAAAGAAAUGUUCCUUUGCUCCAAAAAUGGAACUAAAAAAUUGUAAAACAAAAAGGUCAGUAUUUUAAUUGUUACUAUGCGUGACAGAUUUUUCAAUGGAAAAAUAGAUUUAUAUUUAUUACAUUUAAAAAACACGUGUGUUCCAUAUUUUUUGGUCUGUAUUUAAAAUGUAAUUUACUCUCUUA